AUGGCAAAGCGUUGGAGUGCCAACUCUUUGGUGGUACAAAAUCAACAGAGAAAUGUCCAACCGGGUAGAUGGCCAAGCUUUUCCUCAACAGCGUCAACCAGCAAACAGUUUUCUUCAGUAUUCCAUGAUCAAUCUCCCCAGGAACCAAAUGUCCCACGACCACAGAAAUAUCAACAACCACAGCAACCACAGCGCCCUACGGUGCCAGAGACAUCUUUCGAGGAGAGUUGCGAAGUGGAACAAAAUGUGAGAGUCCCAUGUGGUGGUCCUGAUAUCUCUGCUGCUGGAUGUGAAGCAAUAAACUGUUGCUUUGAUGGCCGACAGUGCUACUUCGGAAAGGCAGUGACUGUCCAGUGCACAAAGGAUGCCCAGUUCAUUGUUGUAGUGGCCAGAGAUGCCACUCUGCCCAACAUUGACCUCAACAAAAUUUCUCUGAUGGGGAAUGGGCAAAGUUGUACAAGUGUUGGCUCUAAUUCAGCAUUUUCCAUCUACCAAUUCCCUGUCACUGCGUGUGGCUCUGUUGUUAUGGAGGAGCCUGGUGUUAUAGUCUAUGAGAACAGGAUGACAUCCUCAUUAGAGGUAGAAGCUGCGCUGCUUGGAGUCAUUACCAGGGACAGCUCCUUUGAAUUGCUCUUCCAGUGUAGGUACACCGGCACUUCUGUUGAAACUCUGGUUAUAGAAGUAUUACCAUUACAAGAUCCUCCUCUACCAGUGGCUGCUCUGGGACCUAUUAGAGUAGAACUGAGGUUGGCUAAUGGAGAAUGCUUAUCAAAGGGCUGUAAUGAAUUUGAUGCAGCCUAUAGCUCUUUCUAUACGGAGGCAGACUACCCUGUGACCAAAGUACUGCGGGACCCAGUAUUCGUGGAGGUUCAACUCAUUGAAAAGACAGAUCCAAACCUUGUCCUGACUCUUGGCCACUGUUGGACAACUACAAGCCCCAAUCCUCACACUCUGCCUCAGUGGGACAUUCUGAUAGAUGGUUGUCCUUACAGGGAUGAUCGCUACAUGUCCUCACUGAUUCCAGUUGGUCCCUCCUCUGGUCUGGCCUUCCCAAGUCACUACAGGCGUUUCAUUUUCAAAAUGUUUACCUUUGUGGACAGCAGCUCACUAUUGCCCCUGCAGGAGCAGGUGUACAUUCACUGUAGUACAGCUGUAUGCACUGCUGGUGGAGGGCGCUCCUGUGAGCCGUCAUGCUUCAGGAAAAAGAGAGAGGCGGAAUCAACACACCAGACAAGGAAUGAGCCAAAGGUUGUGGUUUCUGUUGGACCUGUGACCAUGGUUGAUGACCAAUCAACGAAGAGUGUCUAGGUCAACAAUUAAUAUUAGAUCUGGAGCAUUAACAUGGUUCAGUUUUGCUAAAAACUAAAAACCCAAGUCUGCCAUAGAAAGAAUGAAAUUAAUCGCCAGUCUUGU